AUGUCAUCAUCCACUCCAACCCCCUUCGCCUCUUCCCCCUCCGCCUCGACUCAGCCGACCACCGCGCCUAGCACGCACAACGGCGAAGAGACUGAGAUCAUCAAUGGCGAUCAUGCCGAGGAUGCCGAGUCGUCCAAAAUGGCAGAGCAGCAUCAGGAGCAGUCGCAAUCGAACUUUGCACACCAGUUCACCGACUACGUCUUUAACGUCGGGUACCUUCAGCAGCGAUGGGCAGACGUUCAGUUGACGUUCUUCAAUGAUGCGCUCAAAUUACAUCGAGUCAUCCUUGCUCGAAGUCCAUUCUUGGCGCAGUAUAUGGGGAAUGCUGCCCCGGGGACAACGAUACCUCUGCAAUUUAGAGAUGAUCAGAUCACUGCUGAGGCUGUCCAUACCUGUAUUCACCACCUUUACAACCCCGCAUUCCACCUCGUCACCGCCCUGAACGCCCGCGCCGUCCUCGCUACCUCCCUUCAGUUCGGAGGAAUACCCGAACUGGUCCACCAUGCCUACACCGUCGCCCGUGACUCCAUCUCUGCCGAUACCCUCUCGGACUGGAUCGGAUGGAUAUCGGCCACCUCCGUCUCGCCCAUAUCGAACGGUUAUGGUUACUCUGACGCCCCGCCCGUGGGUAGCGGGAACGGCGAGGAGGCAUGGGAGGAUCUCGCAGGGGGCGAAGGGGGAUGGUAUGGACGUUAUGGCGAGUACAGCGAUCGGCUCAAACAAGACAUACUUGACUACCUCACUAUAACUCUCCCCUCCUCCCCUCCUCCCGCUUCGGAAUCGACUCCACCCACCCCCCUCGCCCACCUCCUCCCAUACUACACGCCGCUCCCCUUCCCGCUCUUCAAGCGGGUGGUCGAGUCGCCCGUGCUGCCAUUCAAGGACAAGCAGGCACAGUUCACAUUCGCCAAGAAGGCGAUUGCGGCGCGCAAGAAGCGUGCCGCAGGUGGACAGGCGAUGGAAGAGGCUGCGGUAUUGGCGUUCAAGAGUGGGGAGGGGGGUGCGGUGGUAGAGAUUACGAGGAAGUCUAGAAAGGGGCGGCCGGCGCUCUGGAAGGUUGAGGGAUAG